AUGGACUCGCAGCACUGCAAAAUGAAUGGUGACCCUUUCCAGGAAUCUAUGUACAUUGAAGAGACCUCAAAUAAAAAUGGUGUGAUUUCUUUGAUCUUCUCUCUGAAAGAAGAAGUUGGGGCAUUGGCUAAAGUUCUACGCACAUUUGAGGAAAAAGGUAUAAACCUGACCCACAUUGAGUCCCGACCUUCCCGUCUCAACAAAGAUGAGUAUGAAUUCUUCAUUAACUUGGAAGGUAAGAAUGUCCCAGCGCUGGACAAUAUCAUCAAGUCCUUGAGAAAUGAUAUUGGAGCAACAGUCCAUGAGCUUUCACGAACCAAGAAGAAGGACACUGUGCCGUGGUUCCCAAGAAGUAUCCAGGAGCUGGACAGGUUUGCCAAUCAAAUCCUAAGCUAUGGAGCAGAACUGGAUGCUGAUCAUCCUGGGUUCAAAGAUCCUGUGUACCGGGCUCGAAGGAAGGAGUUUGCGGAUAUCGCCUACAACUACAGACAUGGCCAACCUAUUCCUCGAGUCAUCUACACAGAAGAAGAAAAGAAAACAUGGGGCACUGUCUUCAGGGAGCUGAAGAGUCUUUAUCCAACUCAUGCUUGUUAUGAACACAACCACGUGUUCCCACUUCUGGAAAAGUACUGUGGCUACCGGGAGGACAACGUUCCCCAGCUUGAAGAUGUUUCAAAAUUCUUGCAGACCUGCACUGGGUUUCGCCUGCGUCCUGUUGCAGGCUUGCUCUCCUCUCGGGACUUCUUGGCUGGGCUGGCGUUCCGAGUGUUCCACUCUACGCAGUACAUUCGCCAUGCGUCCAAACCCAUGUACACACCAGAGCCUGAUAUCUGCCAUGAGCUGCUAGGACAUGUGCCUCUUUUUGCUGACCCCAGUUUUGCUCAGUUUUCCCAGGAAAUUGGACUGGCAUCUCUGGGAGCUCCAGAUGAUUUCAUCGAGAAACUUGCUACGGUUUAUUGGUUUACAGUGGAGUUUGGACUAUGUAAGGAAGGUGAUUCUCUCAAGGCAUAUGGUGCAGGGUUGCUGUCCUCAUUUGGGGAGCUGCAGUAUUGUUUAUCAAGUAAGCCUGAGAUUCAACCUCUUGUCCUGGAGAAGACUGCUGUGCAGAAGUACCCUGUUACUGAGUUCCAGCCUAUCUACUACGUUGCCGACAGUUUUAAAGAUGCAAAAGAAAAGCUAAGGAAAUUUGCUCAGACAAUCCCUCGUCCUUUCUCUGUUCGAUACAACCCCUACACCCAGAGGAUUGAAGUCUUGGACAAUGCAAAGCAGCUGAAGAACUUAGCUGACACUAUCAAUAGUGAGAUGGGGAUCCUCUGCAAUGCCCUCCAGAAGAUAAAAUGA